AUGGCAACUUGGGUUUUAUCAGAAUGUGGUUUAAAGCCUUUUGGUCCAGUAUUUUCCAAACCAAGAACUGGUUUUGCUGUUUCCAACAACUCAAAGGUUAGAUUUUUAGGCACAAGCAAAGGAGUUUCGGAUCUCAAAUUGCAAUUCCAACAAAAAAGUUUUGAUUUUAAGGAGAAAAGAAAAUGGGGUUUGAAUGUGAGUACUCCUUUGAGAGUUGAGUCAAUUGAACAACAACAGGAGGAACUUCCGGAGUUUGAUCCUGCUUCACCACCACCUUUUUCAUUGGCUGAUAUAAGAGCAGCAAUUCCGAAGCAUUGUUGGGUGAAGGAUUCUUGGAGGUCUAUGAGUUAUGUUUUGAGAGAUGUUGUUGUUGUUUUUGGUUUGGCUGCUGCUGCUGCUUAUCUUAACAAUUGGAUGGUUUGGCCUCUUUAUUGGGCUGCUCAAGGAACCAUGUUUUGGGCACUUUUUGUUCUUGGACAUGAUUGUGGUCAUGGCAGCUUUUCAAAUGAUGCUAAUCUUAAUAGUGUUGUUGGACAUUUCUUGCAUUCUUCAAUUCUUGUUCCCUAUCAUGGAUGGAGAAUUAGUCAUAGGACUCAUCACCAAAACCAUGGCCAUGUUGAAAAUGAUGAAUCUUGGCUUCCGUUGACAGAAACAUUAUAUAAGGGUUUGGACACUAUAACACGUUCUUUAAGAUUUACAGCUCCUUUUCCAUUGCUCGCAUAUCCUGUGUACCUUUGGACCCGGAGUCCUGGUAAGAAGGGUUCUCAUUUCCAUCCCGGCAGUGACUUGUUUGUUCCAAAUGAGAAAAAAGAUGUUAUCACUUCUACGGCUUCUUGGUUGGCUAUGGGGGCUUUGCUUGUUGGAUUGGGAUUUGCAAUAGGUCCAAUUCCAUUACUCAUGCUUUAUGGAGUUCCUUAUGUUAUCUUUGUCAUGUGGUUGGAUUUCGUGACAUAUAUGCACCAUCAUGGUCAUGAAGACAAAUUACCUUGGUAUCGUGGAAAGGAAUGGAGCUAUCUUAGAGGCGGACUUACUACUCUUGAUCGCGAUUACGGAUGGAUCAAUAACAUUCACCACGACAUUGGAACUCACGUCGUUCAUCACCUUUUCCCUCAAAUUCCACACUAUCAUUUAGUUGAAGCAACCGAGGCAGCUAGGCCUGUGUUCGGAAAAUAUUACAGAGAGCCAAAGAAAUCUGCUCCUCUUCCAUUUCACCUUAUUGGAGAAUUUAUAAGGAGUCUAAAGAAAGAUCAUUUUGUUAGUGACACUGGUGAUAUUGUAUAUUACCAAGCAGAUCCUGAACUUAGUGGCUCUUCUGAUGAAAAUUAA